AUGUUCUCUCACCUGGUCACUGCUGCUAAGGGUCUAUUUACGCGAGAGGAGCCUCAAGACGCAACCGCAGAUCCUGCUGGCGACAUCGCUACGACCACUUCCAACAUGGUCUCCGCCACCAGACGAGGGGUUAUUGCCCCCGAGGCAGAGAAGCCCAAGACCAAUGGUGUCACGAAGGCUGGAAAACGCAAGACUCAGUCCACCACCACAGAGAAGGCCGACGAUAAGCAGAGCAAACGGAGGAAGAGAGACAGUUUGGAGGCUGCGGAUGCAAGCAGCGACGAUGAUUCGGCAGCUUUGAAGGGUCACAAAAUGCAGAAGUCAUCAGUUGGAGCACCGAAAGCACACUUCCGAUUUGACAGCGAGGAACCUGCCGUGCCGGAGGCGACACAGCAUGUAGAAAUCCCGGCGGCGCCCCAGGACGACGAUGAGGACGAGGACAGCGACGAUGAUGCGCCUGAGACGGUCGAUAACUCCGCGCAACUCUUGAAGAUCAAGGAACAGGCGAAGAAACAAGAGAAAUUGAAACAACAAGAGGAACAAUUGAAGAGGGAAAGGCGGAGGAAACUGGACGAGCGCCGAAAGUUGCAAGCCAAGUCGAAGCCCAAGGAAAUUGCGCUGAAUGACGACCUUCUCUCCGAAAGUACGGCCACCCUUCAAGGCUCGAUCACACAGGACGAACGACGCGCCGCACUCCCGGCGUUGCUCCCCGAUGACAUCUUGAAUGCCGAGCCUGUCCUUCGCCCUCCGACACCACCGGCCGAGGAUUUUGUCGCGCCGAAGAAGUCGACCAAGUUGAGAUUCUUGGAGAAGACCGAGAAGGCCCCGAAGGAUGUUCAGGUUGGAGACGUCACCAUUCGAGUACUGGAUGCGCCGUCUACGAAGCAGAAUUCCAAGCCCGCAUUGGCACCUAAGGCCUCCAAGUCCGGUCGGAACGUGAAGCAGAAUUGGCUCCAGAGAGAGCGGAGUACCGCAAAGGUGAACGGAAUGCGGAGGACAGCGGGCGGUACUUCCGGGUUCAAGCGCCGGUAA